UGGCAGUUAGGCUACUUAAAUUCUUGAUUUAUUUCGUGGUACACAUCAGUCUGACCAAGAUUAAUGCUCACAUAUUUCACAGAGAAAUACAUUGGUCAUUUAGUUGUGGUGGAGUCUUCUUCUGAAUUAGAAACCUUGUGCGCUUUCAGACGCGAGAUACGUGGCAUUUCACACCAAAAACUUCCGUGUAUUAUACGUAUUAGACUAGUGAAAGUUUCUACAAAUUGUUUGAAGGUAAAAUGCCAGAUUUUGCAGUAAGGGAGUGCAGUGUUUGGUACAUAAUGGGGGUUAUGCUACAGUAUUAUUAAAAGUAAUUACAUGUGUUAAUUCUCAUAAGUCUAUGCGCGUAUUAGCUAAGUGUUACUAAGUGGAGCUUAUUCCUACUAUAUCUACGUUGACUACAAUAUUUAUUUCCUUGAAUAAAGCAAGAAUGAUUAGGUACUCUUAAAACUUAGUAAGUAUGAGUGUGGGGAAUCUGACUCAUAAUUUCUGCUUAUUGCAGAAGUAUUUAAGCACAUUUGUUUGAGCAGUUUAGUAGAUAAUUGACACGUGACACAAAAUGAGCAUGGAGAACCCAGCUACACCGCAGGUGGCAAAUGCCUCACUGCAGCGGCGAGCCACGCGCAGUGCCCUGGCAGAAAUCCCGGCACGACUUGGGCUGCUGACCGUCGAUGAGAACGGCCGCACAGAGGGGGCCACAGCUGCAGCUACUGUGGUCGGAACACUGACACCCAACACAUGGGCCCUGAACGUCAACGUGCAGCUGCCAUCAUCCUACAUGAGCCCCGCCCCAUCACCAGACGAGCUGGUGAUCCAGCAGCGGGGACGGCGCCGGGGUCCCGUCAACUGGAGCCCCGACCUCGACGCGCACAAGCGGGAGGGCAUCCCGAUGGGUGCGCGCACACCCAGCCCUGUCAAGUCCAACAUUGUCCUGCGGUCGACACCCCGCAAGAGACUCAUGCUCUCAGACCCGAAGGAGCUUUUCACGACACCUGAAAAGAUGCGCAAGCUGUCACCAUCACUGAAGGGGUCACCUGGUGUGAAGAAGGGCCGUGUUGAGAAACCGACUGUGACGUACAACGGCCCUAUACAGCUGGGGCUGAAAGGACUGUCUCAAGAGCAGCUCAUCGGCAUGGUACAGUCACUCAUCGACAGACACCCGAACCUGGAAGAUGAAGUCAGGGAUAUUAUGCCAGGUCCUGAUCUGCGACCCCUUGAAGAGCAAUUGUCAUAUUUGAAGAAAAACAUAUUCAAAUCACUGCCGACUUCUCGCCUCACAUCAAAGACAGAUUCACCUGCUUACAGCAGGGCAGCUGUACAUCUUGCUGCCUUCAAGAAAUUUGUCUUGGAGCAAGGCCGGCAGCUGGUGGAGAGCUGCCACUGGGAGGCGGUUGUGGACUACGUAUGCCUGGCGUGGGCAUACGUGAGGGCGACGCCACUCUGGGACAACCCGCCGCACAACGCGACGCGCAAGCAGUGCUUCAAAUCUCUGGUUGCCCAAUGCAUGGCGGCCAUCAAGAGGGGACAGUGGACGCCCCAGCAGUGUGACGCAAUGGUGAACAGAUUAUCGGGAUUUACUGCUGACAGUGAAGACAUGGAAAUGUGUAUAAAACAGUUGGAUGCCAUGCACAGGAAAUGAAAACACGUAUCUUCUUCCUAAUGUAAGACUGAGUAAAGUUGAAGUGCAGUAGUUGUAUGAACAAAGCUGCGUUUGUCAGACUGUGUACAUAGUAUGGUCAUAAUUAUUAUGACUGACUGCCAAGUUUUGUGGUAUUUGUAGCAAGCCCUUGUACAGAUAUGUUUGUAAAAUUGGUGUGUAGUAAAUGCUGACUGAAUGAACCAUAGUACUGGUUUCGUUCUUUUGUGAUUAAUCUUUUUAGCAUAUGCAAUAUGCUUACGUCUCAUUUAAUGUCGGUAGUAGUUUACAGUUUAGUGUUGACCAAGGAUAAUAUUACUCGUGGUUCUUGUAUCUGCUUUUAUUUGAAACAAUGGAAAUACUUCCCAUUUUGUAUCGAAGUUGUUGGUGAAAUCUGUUGUAAAAAUGUCAAGGUUUAAAACUGCCAGUGACAGUAUGCCAGGAAUCACAGCACAUUAAAGCCACAUCAAGAAUACAGUUUGCUCUGACCCUUAAAUAAUAUAUUUGUUUUAAACUCCCUUUCUACGUAUGUGCAUAAUACAGGUUAGUCACUGGUUAAAGUGUCUUCGCAUGGCAAUUUUUAUAAUGUGGUAUUUUUCUGGAUUGUAGAAAAGUUGCAAUUGUAUUUAGUAUUGCUCUUAAGAUUUUUGCAUAUGUAUCGUGUAGCUAGACGUUUUAUAUGGAUUUUUGACUAAGCAUUUUCUCUUAAUCCUGACAUAGCAAUCGGAAAAUUUAGCAUUUUUUAUUGGUUUUGUGCCUAUUUUCGGCAUACGUUUAAUAGAAUCCUUUUUAAAUAUGGAUUGAAUUUCUUAGUGUUGUUGGCAGUUGGGAUAAUUGAUGUUUGUUUUGUAUUUAUUUUCAUUGCUGUUUACAGUUAAAUCAAAUGUAUCCAAAUUUCGUAUGUGUUCACUUAAAAUGGAAAUUGUAGUCGGAUAAGUGAUUGUAAAGAAUUAUUAUUUAUAUUAUUUG